AAAAAUUCAAAACCAAACCUCUUUUUAUAUAGCUUGAAAAAAAAUCCAUUCUUCAUCUUCCCAUCUCACAAAUCUACAAUCUUAGCUCAAAAAAUUUGACAAUUCUUCACCAUGUCUCUUUCUUCUUCAUCAUCCUUCAAAAACCCAAUUUCCGUACCCAAUGGAUCAGAUCAAAGAGGGCAUAAUCAUCUUUCUUCUGGCGAAAUCCAUGUAAUAUUUGGCCCUAUGUUCGCCGGUAAAACUACUGCUCUUCUUCGUCGGGUGAAUUCUGAAUCCAAAUUGGGCAGAAAUGUGGUGAUGAUCAAGUCAAAUAAAGAUACAAGAUAUGCAGUAGAUGCAGUCGUGACACAUGAUGGGACAAAAUUUCCAUGUUGGUCAUUGCCUGAUCUAUCAUCUUUCAAACACAGAUUUGGUCCAGAUGCCUAUGAAAAGGUGGAUGUGAUUGGCAUUGAUGAAGCUCAGUUUUUUGAUGACCUUUAUGACUUUUGCUGCAAUGCUGCUGAUAUUGAUGGGAAAACUGUAAUUGUUGCUGGCCUAGAUGGUGACUACUUAAGGAGGAAGUUUGGGUCAGUCCUUGAUAUUAUUCCAAUCGCAGAUACUGUUACAAAGUUGACAGCGAGAUGUGAAUUAUGUGGCAAACGUGCAUUUUUUACUUUGCGAAAAACAGACGAGAUGCAGAAGGAGCUUAUAGGUGGUGCUAAUAUGUAUAUGCCUGUCUGUCGACAACACUAUGUCAAUGGCAAAUCCAUUGUAGAAGCUGCAAAAAAGGUCCUCGAAUCUCAUCAAGUGCAGGUUGAAGGAGUUCCAGAGAAACCAGUAGUUGCUUAGUAACAAUUCUGGUGUGUGUGUAUAUAUAUAUUUCCAUGUGUUCAGUUUGUUUCAGUUAUCUUAUGUUUGGAAUAUUGGUUUCUGGAUCAUGUUGUUUUGCUUAGUUUGUGCUCCUUUGGAGCAAGUAAAUGUUAGAACAGAGGGAUUUAGGUAUCGUAGACUAUUACAUUACAUUACAAAUGGGAAAUACUUACUGCUUCAAGGCAAGUGACAAGUCCCUAUUGUUAAAGCUAAC